ACUCUUAACUGUUUAAAACUCAAUCCUUUUGAGAUCCUCGUCAAAAUGUUCGUGUAUCUCAGCAAAAAGAUUGCCAUUCCCAACAACACUCCGACCCCUCAGCGUAUAAAUUGCCUCGCAUGGAACAAAGAAGAAGGCUACAUUGCCGUUGGAGGCGAAGAUGGUCUCCUGAAAGUCUUGAAACUCGAACAAGUCUCGAACGUUACUUCAACCAACAAAGGAGGUCUUGCCGCUCCAAGCAAUUUAUCCGUAAAUCAAACCUUAGAAGGUCACAAGGCGCCCAUUCAAGUCGUUACAUGGAACGAAAAACAACAAAAACUCACAACUUCUGAUCGCGACGGCGUCAUUAUGGUCUGGAUGUUGUACAAAAACUCCUGGUUCGAGGAAAUGACAAAUGAUCGGAAGAAAAGUACGGUUAAGGGGAUGCAUUGGACAGAUGACGGGCAAAAAAUUUGCAUUGUUUAUGAGGAUGGCGCCGUGAUCGUUGGAAAUGUCGAUGGAAACCGCAUUUGGGGCAAAGAACUCAAAAAUACCGUUUUAACGGGCGUUCAAUGGAGUCCCGAUGGAAGAUUAUUGCUUUUUAGCAUCCGAAACGGGGAAGUUCAUUUGUACGAUAAUCAAGGAACUUUUGUUAUGAAACUCAACAUUCAAUGUGUAAAUUUGGGUCCAUCGCGCAGUUUAAGCGUCGUCGGGCUCUGUUGGUAUCACGGAAAAAUCUCGCAACAGAGACCCACGCUCGCUAUUUGCUACGAAAAUGGUCGUUUGCAGCUCAUGCGGAACGAAAACGACGAUUUGCCGAUAAUUAUCGAUGCGGGUAUGCAAGCGAUUGCUUGCGAUUGGAAUCAUGAUGGGACAAUUUUGGGCGUUUGUGGCAUGUCAAGUUCAGGAAUUGACGAAAAAGAGUCAAAUAUGGUGAAAUUUUAUACGCCAACGGGCGAACAUUUGCGAACAUUGAAGUUGCCCGGCAAGGAAAUCACGUCAAUUUCAUGGGAAGGCAAGUCUUUGAGGAUCGCGUUGGGUGUUGAUUCGUUCAUUUACUUCGCCAACAUUCGUCCGAACUACAUGUGGUGCUAUUUUGGCAAAACUGUCGUUUAUUUGGAAGCUGAUUCCGGCAAAAUCUCAUCGAAUAUGGUCUUUUGGGAUACAAGUUCGAACCAAUGCUUCACAAAACAAAUCGAUAAACCUCUCGGGUUGGCGAGCAAUAACGAUCAUUGCGUAAUUGCGAUCGAAUCUUCGUCUUUGGGUGUUCCUCGUGACACUUCUCUUGCCUUAGAUCGCGAAAAAAUCUACCAACUCGUGAUUUGUAACUGCAUGUCAACCACUGUCGAUGCUCGUUAUGUCAAUAUUUGCCCGAAAUUCAUCACAAUGAACUCAACGUACGUCAUUGUCGCGUCGCAGGAUCAAUUUCUGCUUUGGCAUUAUCACACACCGAAAGGCGCUUCGAGCUUGCAUGGCAUGAAACAGCGGAAAGACAAGAAAUUUCACAUUGACGAUACGCCGGCGGGCGUUGCAGAAGUCCUCAAUGACCUUGACAGAGCUGGAUAUGAACCGCCCGUGAGCGAAAUGCAGUCUCAUGAUCCAAUUUGUUGUAUUGCUGCGUCGGAAAGACUUUUGUUGAUUGGUAGAGAAUCGGGAGCAAUUCAAGAAUACACAAUUCCGAAUGUGGCUUUGUGCAAUCGACACAUUUUGCCGACGAAAGCUUGUAAAAUUUCGAUUAAUUGUAACUCGACGAGGGCGGCGGUUAUUGAUUCGACGGGAUUUUUGACGACUUUGGAUUUGUCGGAUGGCGCGGAAAAUGGCGGGAUUCAUGGGAAAGUUGAACGGAAGGAUGUUUGGGCGAUGUGUUGGGCGAAAGAUAAUCCACUUUUACUUGCAAUAAUGGAAAAAACUCGCAUGUACGUCUUAAGAGGAGCUGAUCCAGAAGAACCUAUUUCCUUCAGCGGGUACAUUUGUAACUUUGAUGACUUGGAAAUAACGGGAGUUUUGUUGGAUGACAUUAUUAAUGGGAUGUCGCCAGAUACGAAUACACAUUUGUGUCAAUUGCGGAUUAAAAGUUUGCGAGAUACGGAAGAACUUUUGGCACACGUUGGCAUCACUGAAGCCCGUCAAUUCAUCGAAGACAACUCCCAUCCGCGUUUAUGGCGACUUCUCGCCGAAGCAUCUUUAAAAAAACUCGACUUGGAAACUGCCGAAUCAGCGUUUGUUCGUUCUACCAACUAUCCCGGCUUGCAACUCAUCAAACGUCUCAAGACCAUCGAGAACGAAAACCUCAAAAAAGCCGAAGUUGCUGCUUUUUACCAAGAUUUCGACGAAGCUGAAAAACUUUACAUCGACGCAGAUCGUCGCGAUUUGGCAAUAAAUCUCCGUCAAACACUCUGCGAUUGGUUUCGCACCGUUCAACUUUAUCGCCAAGGCUUGGGAGUCUCGGACCAACAAAUGAAUUUCGCCUACAAAGAAAUCGGAAGUCAUUUCGCCAACUUGCGCUCGUGGGAGAGUGCCAAGGAGUAUUACGAAAAGGCGCACGACAUCGAAGGCUUGAUGGAUUCGCUUUAUCAUCUCGAGCAAUACGCCGAAUUGGAAGAAUGCAUCCAAAAAUUGCCCGAAAAAUCCGCACUUUUGAUGAAAUUGGGACAAAUGCUCGAGUCUGUCGGGAUGUGCGAUCAAGCAGUUUCCGCCUAUCUCAAAUUUGGGGAUCCAAAAGCUGCCGUUAAUGCUUGUGUCAACUUGCGAAAUUGGAAAUAUGCCGUCGAAUUGGCGCAAAAAUACCCGAAAUUGGCUCAAGUUGGUCAAUUAUUGGACAAACACGCCGCUCAGUUGUUGAUGGAAGAGAAAUUGCCGGAAGCCAUCGAGUUGCAGAAGAAAGCUGGAAGGUUAAUUGACGCCGGAAGACUCAUGAUAAAGCUCGCCGAACGUGAAGUCGAGAAAAAAUCGAGUCUUUUGCGGGUGAAGCAACUUUAUAUCCUCGCUGGAAUGCUCGUCGAGGAACAUUUGAAGAACCAAAGUGUCUUGACGGGCGAAAAUCGUUCGACAGUUUUGACAAAUUUGACUCCCGAAGACGCCGUUUUGAUCGAAAAUAUUUGGCAUCGUGCCGAAGGAUUCCAUUUUAUGCUUUUGGCACAACGACAACUCAACGGAGGUCUCAUGCAUAGUGCGGUUUUGACGUGUCUUCGUCUCCGGGAAUACGAAGAUGUGCUCGAUACUGAAGAAAUUUACACGUUACUUGCCUUAGCGUCGUGCGCUGACAGAUCUUUCGGCACGUGCUCGAAGGCUUUUAUCAAAUUGGAAAGUCUCGAGAACGUUCCGGAGCAUCGCGUGCAGGAGUAUGAGGAGCUAGCGGUGAGUAUUUUCAGUAAACAUGAGCCAAAAGACGAUACGAGGAUGGAACAAAUGGUUUGUUACACGUGCGAAAGCAUCAUUUCGGACUAUUUUACGUCAUGUUCGUCGUGUGGCACGCAUUUGCCGGCGUGUAUUGCUUCGGGACAGAGUAUUGCGAAUCCAACGGAGGCUUGGCAGUGUACGGGAUGUCAUCAUUUGGCGAAUCGGUUGGAUGUAGCGACACGAAAAACGUGCCCGUUGUGUCACACGACGAUCGUUUCGAGAGGCAUUGAGUUGUAAAUUGAUGAGAAAGUGAAUUUUUUGGAUCUCAUUUAUCGUAAUCCGUCCUAUUUUUUUUAGAUUAUUUAUUAAGUUUAAGUUCAAAGAGGAAAUUUUGACAUAAAAAUAUACAAAAUUUUAAAUUUUUUGGGAAAA